CUCCUCCGUCGCCCGAAGCUCUGGGAUAACUCGUGGCGGGACAGGGUCGGUGAUUCUGUACGGUGGCCUCUACCCGCGGUCGUUACCGUACAGCGCAAUCGUGAGGUUGUGGGGAAGGGAGAAGUAGCCGCGAGGUCAGCCGCAUGCGACGACUCCUCUGUAAACAAAGUACAUGAACACCAAGUUCCGCAGUGCACGGGAAUCACCAGGAGAACAACAGGAGGAGAAGCGCAACAACAACAACAAUAUGUCCGGUCGGACGAUGUCCUUCCAGUUCCACACGCGCGGCCCUUCGGCCGUGGUCCGUCAGUCCGGCCCGGAGAGAUCGACCCUGCACGUCGACUUGGCCGCCGCCGACGGGGAAACCACAGCAGCAACAGGAGCAGCAGCGGGCGGCGCCGGCAGGGGCAGGGGCAGGGGGGGCGGCGGUUGGAGGGGGAGGAGGGGGUGGUGGGGGUCCAGCCGACGGCUUCCGAACUUCCUCGAGUUUUGGGGCUUAGCGGCGGCGGUUCCCGAGGGCGAGAGAUUGCGCAGGGAACGUGAGCGUCGUGAGCGUAGUCAUAACCGACGUGGACCCGUUGGGUCGUGCGUGCGGUCGCCGGAGUUUUCGAUCUUCGUCCUGGGGCUUGCUGCGCUGCUGGCCUUCAUGGUGUUUUUCUGCGACAUGAUCGCGGGCAGGAGGUUGAGGCCGACCUCGGUCCUGGUCUUCGUCGCAGCGGGGACCUACUGCCUCGCCCUCCUCAAGCAGCAGCGGGACCUCGCGGCCUUGGAGCGAGCACCAGCGCUCGUGGUCGAAGUGAUGGACGGCUCGGCGACCAGCUCUUCUCGGCGGGUAAUCAGCAAAGAGGACCGGCGAAACCUGUUCGACUACUUCACGUUCCGACGGUCUUCCUCCGCCAACAAGGGGGCUUGGACGGCGACCCAAACAGAUAUAGGUAUCGACGUGAGCACCAUGGAGAAGGGGACGGCGGCGCUUGCGGCGGCGCCUAUGGCGGCGGCGGCAGCGACGGAUGACGAUGGCGGGGUCAGCGUCGUCGGAGACAGGAGCGACCGCGAGGACAAAUCUGUGUCGCCGCGGUCUUUUCCUUUGCCGUCGCCUUUGGGGCUUCCCGCGCCGACCCGUGGGUCGGGGGGGGGGGGUUCUGAUACCGCUGCGCCGCCUUCUCCGGAGCAGCAACUCGCCGCUUCGCCAGUGUCGCCCUCGACUCUGGCGCUAGCGGGCACCCUGCAAGGGGAAGGAGCGGCGGCGGCGGUCGGUGGUGUUGCUGACGACGGGACAACGGAGGUUCUUGGGGGGGUUGAGGUGGUGGAAGUUUCGGGGAAGGACGACGGGGGAGGGGUGAUGAUGCUGGCUCCGUCGUCGGGAGCGGCGGCGGGGUUGUCUCCGUUAUUUUCUGUGGGAUUGGAUCCCCAAUUCUGCCCUAACGGUUGCAUUACUCGUGCGCUUGGAGCAUCCUCCUAG